UGAAUUUUCAUUCUGUUGAUGUACAAUUUAAAAAGAUAUCAACUUUCUCUUCCAAAAUGCUAUUCUAUUAAAUUACUAUUUUGCCCUUACUCAUUACUAUCAUCUUCAAGAAUUCAGUCUUUUACUCUCUGUUCUAGUUCUAACCAAAUGCUUCUAAAACUCCUUUCUUGGCAUCACAAAACCCUAACAAAAACCCCUGCCUCUUACCCGUUCAAUUAUUUCACUUAUUUCUUGAGUCACACACUCUCUGAAGACCUAUAUGAUCCACCCUUUACUCUCGCAUCCAAACCCAAAGCCAAAAAGGCGCCAACAAACCAGCCAGGCUCUAAUGAGAACCCGAAUAAAGACCCGAAGCUACCAUUAAAAUCGGACCUUCCUUUUGACUUCAGAUACUCGUACUCGGAAUCCGAUUCGGCUAUUCAGCCAAUUGGGUAUCGCGAACCGAAGCGGUUUUCGCCAUUCGGCCCGGGUCGGCUUGAUAGGAAAUGGACGGGUGUUGCUGCCCCGGUCCAGUCGGAGGUGGAUAUGGAGAUAGUAAUGGAGGAGAGGAGACGGGUUCUCGGGGAUCCACUCACGGAGGAGGAGGUGGAGGAGCUCGUGGAACGGUAUAGGCACAGUGAUUGUUCUAGGCAAAUUAAUUUAGGGAAGGGGGGAGUCACUCACAACAUGUUGGAUGACAUCCACAAUCAUUGGAAGAAAGCUGAAGCUGUAAGGAUCAAAUGCUUGGGAGUGCCAACUCUUGAUAUGGAUAAUGUCUGCUUCCACCUUGAGGAUAAAUCUGGUGGGAAGAUUAUAUACCGCCACAUUAAUAUCCUUCUUUUAUACCGUGGUCGAAACUAUGAUCCCAAGAACCGUCCUGUUAUUCCGAUCAUGUUGUGGAAACCUUAUGCCCCUAUAUUUCCGAAGCUUGUCAAGAAUGUAGCUGACGGCCUCUCUUUUGAAGAGACAAAAGAGAUAAGAAAUAGAGGGCUAAAUUCUCCUGCGCUGAUGAAACUUACUAGGAAUGGUGUGUAUGUAUAUGUAGUGGAGAGAGUGAGGGAGGCCUUCCAGACUGAAGAAGUUGUGAGACUAGACUGCACCCAUGUUGGCUCCAGUGACUGCAAAAAGAUUGGUGUCAAGCUAAGGGAUUUGGUACCUUGUGUUCCUAUUUUAUUCAAGGAUGAGCAGAUUAUACUCUGGAGAGGCAAGAGAGAUCAGGAACAGAACCCAGAAGCUGCCCUGAUGGCUGAUGGACCUUUAGGUACUUGAGCAGGUUAUAACAUUGGCAAGAUUGAUUUACAGCUAAGCAAGUUUUGAGUCAUCUGCUGUUGGAGUCUCUUUGCUGUCUAUGCUUCAAACUUGGUUCUUGAAUUGAGUCGUCCAUUGAAUUAUUGAUGCUAGAAAAAGGUGACCGUAUACCAACCAUAUAUAUGUUUGCUUUACAUCAAGAUACCAAAAGAUCUGAGGUCUGCUUAGUAAUCCCCCGUGGUUCUACGCCGCUUUUCUUUUGUUUACUUGGGUUGGAACUAAUUUGUAAAAUCCUUGUCCUGACAUGUAGGGAUGAUACCAUCUCUUUCUUUUUCAAAAUUGGAGUGUGAAAACUCAUUGCUCUUUGUAAAUUAUAUCCUGAUCUUCUCAUAUAAGUGUAGAAUAUAUUGGAGCUAUUGCCACGAUA